GCUAAAAGUGGGACGGAAUCUGUCGCGCGGCACGCAUCUCUGACCUCUGUCGCGCAUCUUAAACUUCAGCCUUGUCGCCAAACUUACCUACCACCGUGGAGCUCUCUCUUCCUCCCAUCUCGAUAAUUCUUUUUCCGACGUCGCGCGACACAUUUGAUCUGAGGAGGAUUUUUUUUAUCGAUUUUAUUCUCGCCGCCGAACCCACGUCGUAUCAAUUGACUGCUCGAUAAAUCUUGGAAACAAACGAAGGUCGACCAACCACGAUUCGCGAAAAUGGCCUCCCCGACGACCGAUCCCCUUUUGCUGUUUCGGCAAUCCAUCCGGACGUCGUCGCGGAUUGUUCCUGUCGCCUCGGCCGAGUCGAACGACGAGGUUGCGCUGUCGCAGGCGACAAAUCUGGUGUUUAGUGAUGAGGGGAAGAGGGUGGUGUUGCCGGUGGAUGUGCAGAGCAGGUUCAUGAGCUCGGAGGGGAACUUGAUUGACCUGCGGUCGAUUUAUUUUGCGUGGGUGAAUAGGGAUAUCACGAUUCCGGAGUAUAAUGCUGCGGCGGAGAAGCUGAAUGAGGAGUUGGCUGGGGGGAAGGGGGUGCACAAGUUUCCGUUUGUUGAGAGGUUGAAUCUGAUUGCUUGGUUGGAGGGGGCGGGGGAGGAUACGGAGUAUAUCAAGCCGCUUGUUGGGGGGGAUGCGGGGAAGGGGGAGGAGGGGGGAAAGGUGGAGAAGGUUGGGGAUGAUGGGGGGGUGAAGAAGGAGAGGAGGGGCAAGGGGACGUUGGAUCCGAGACUGGCGCAGAUUUAUGAGGGUGAGAGGAGGAUGGGGGAUCGGAACAGUGUGUUGAGGGGGAUAAAGCCUACGGACUUUUCGCAUAUUCGCAAGCUGGCUGCGCAGUUCAUGACUAGGAAGCCGACUGGUGGGAGUGGUGAUAUUCGGUCUAGCACCAACAUCAGCAAUAACCCUUCGCUUGCGCUCAAUCAGAAACCGGCUAGGCGCCCGGAUCCGAUUAUCCUCUUGUCUCCGUCGGCUUCUUCGUUGCUCAGGAUGUCGAACGCGAAGGCUUUCCUCGAGGGAGGGAGGUAUACGCCUCCUGACCAUAGCACACCCCCAACGAUGCUUGCUGUGUCACGUAUCAUCAAGGACAUGGACCCCAACCGACCAAUUAGGUUCAUUCUUGUGGAGGGUCCGGAGAACUUCAAGCCGGAGUACUGGAACCGAGUGGUGGCUGUUUUUACCACGGGCCAGACCUGGCAGUUCAAGAGUUACAAGUGGACGAACCCCGUGGAGCUGUUCAAGCAUGUACAGGGUGUGUAUCUGGGGUGGAGAGGGGAGCAGCCUCCUGAGAGCGUGAGGGCGUUUGGGCAUAAGGUGCUCGCGUGUUCGGUUGAAAAGUGGAGGGAUCCGGGUCAGCCGGGGGCGGAGCAGAGCCGGUGGAGGGAUCGGGAGGUGGUGGAGAGUAUUUGGAAGGCGAUUGAGACGAAUAUGAGGGCUAAGGGAUGGAGGAAGGAUGCGGCGCCUACUAGCAUUUAGGGAUGCUGAGGCCAGUGGUACUGUUUUGGGUGGAGGGUACAGAGCGAGCAAGUUUGGUGGUGGGUCAAGGGAAAAUGGACGAGAGAAAAACGGAAGUAGAUUGUAAUUGCGUAUAUGUACAGAUAUCGCUUGCUCAAGACAUAGUAUGGCGUUCAGGAAGGGCAUUCGGUUAUCUUCUUUUUGUUGGGGGGAGUUUUAUAGGACUGAAAUGGGAUGUUCUUCUAAGGGCUCAUGAAAAUGUGUAGCUAUAGAGACAAGGGCCAU